UGAACCAAUCAAAGCGGAGCAAUUAUCGCAUUAAGUGUUAUUAUUAAGCAUCCGUUAUGCUUCGUUUGCCUGACCUUAAAUUAAUGCGUUGAAAGCUACAAUAGCAUUGUGCACGAUUCCUAAGCACACCGAUUUAUAACCUCGUUUCAGUUGUGCUUAUUUACACUUGCAGUCCUUGUAUAUCAUGCGAUUUUCAGUUUACCAAAGCCCCGGUUUCCUUUUAUUCCUCGGAGCUUCGUUCGCCGUUUUGCUGAUUCGCACUGGCGCUUCAGCAGCUUCGGCUACCGAAGACGAGCUUGUUGUUCACCUUAAGACAGGAUCUGUUCGUGGUCGAUCACAAAAGAGCAUAUUCGGUUUAAACUUGGAGUAUUUCCUUGGGAUUCCGUAUGCUGCUGCACCGGUUGGUGACCUUCGCUUUUCUCCUCCCCAUCCAGUCCAGCCUUGGGAAGUUGUCAGAGAUGGAACAAGCUAUGGAGCCAGGUGUCCUCAGAAUGAAGAUUCAUUCCCAAGAAAUAUUACCGUUGGUACAAUGGAUGAAGAUUGCCUGUUUCUUAAUGUUUUCCGUGCAACGAAGUUCAAGCAUUUGAAAUUACCAGUCAUGGUAUGGUUUCAUGGCGGUGGUUUGUACCACGGCUCUGGCAAUGAAUAUCUGGGCCUUGUCUGUGGUUAUGGAGCCAUUGUUGUCACGGUUAACUACCGCCUUGGGUUGCUUGGAUACCUUAACGUUCCCGGCUCAGACAUUAAAGGAAAUUAUGGGAUGCUUGAUCAGGUGGCUGCAUUGAAAUGGGUUCAAGAAAACAUCGCGAGUUUUAGCGGGAUUCCCAGCAUGGUAACCGUAUUUGGUCAAGGCGCGGGCGCUUCAAGUAUUGCCUAUCAUAUGCUUUCUCCGCUGUCUACUGGUUUAUUUCACAAAGCCAUUUUGCAAAGUGGAGCUGCAACCACGCCUUACACGUUCUAUUCGUCAAAAGAUCCGGAUUAUGGAAGAGACAUCACCAAACGUCUGGGCUGUGAUGACAAUGCAAUGUUGCUUGGUUGUUUAAGACAGAAAAACAUUGAGGAUUUUCUGAAAGCUUCUGAACUACCUCGCAGUGUGCUGGACCUCGGUCAUAAGUACCCCGUGGUUACGGUUGAUGGGGGAUUCUUAACUGACGAACCAACUAAACUGCUUGAGCAGGGGUUUGUCAACAAAGUGCCAGUCUUGCUUGGAGUAAACAAAAACGAUGGCGGCAUCGUUCCUCUUUCUGAAAUAGCCAGAACUCUUGGCCAGGAAGUUUCUUCCGAGCUUUUCAGUAGUUUGGUAAAGAAUGCGAGGUUUUCAGCCAGGGAAGAAUCUGAUCUCAUGAAAGAGGCCAUUUUGUACCAGUACACCAACCACUCGGUGCCAGAUUCCACUCGCAGCAUCGAAAAGCAGUGGCUUGAUCUUGUGACAGACUCAUGGUUCAAUGCCCCCGCAGUUCAUAUGGCCAAAGCCCUCGUGAGAGGUGGUAGUCCUGUGCGUCUGUACCAGUUUAGCCAUCGAACGGAGUUGACUCUGUACCCAGAAAUCCUUGGGGUCACCCAUGGCGAGGAAAUCCCUUACGUAUUUGCAUUGGCGUGGGCCAAUCACGAAGGGACCUUAAAGAUCGCGUCAUCAUAUAAUGCUGUCGAACGAGGCCUUUCAUUGGCAGUGGUAUUACUUUGGACCAAUUUUGUGAAAUAUGGGUGAGUAUCAACGACCCUCGUUCAGUUUGAAUUUAGCAGCGCUAAUCCUUGUGUAUCGCCACUUAAGGUGAGCUGUAACGUUUACGCUUUCAUUGAAUAUUUAGCGUCAUCAAGUCUUAGACCGUUAUUCGUACUGAACAAAAUUCGAAGAUAAAAUCUAAACUGAUUUUUAUCAGGCGUCGUCCAAGGCUUUGACUUCGUCGUUGCUUGAGCUUUGUAAUAUUU